AUGGAGAAAAGCAGCGAGACCAACGGCUACCUAGACAGCGCCCAGGAGGGGCCUGCAGCGGGGCCUGGCGAGCCCGGGACCACUGCUGGACGCGCGGGGCGCUGCGCCGGCUUCCUGCGGCGCCACGGGCUUGUGCUGCUCACGGUGUCCGGGGUGGUGGCGGGUGCCGGCCUGGGCGCGGCGUUGCGUGGACUCAAGCUGAAUCGCACACAGGUCACCUACCUGGCCUUUCCGGGCGAGAUGCUGCUCCGCAUGCUGCGUAUGAUCAUCCUGCCGCUGGUGGUCUGCAGCCUGGUGUCGGGCGCCGCCUCCCUCGACGCCAGCUCUCUCGGGCGUCUGGGCGGCAUCGCCAUCGCCUACUUCGGCCUCACCACGCUAGGAGCCUCGGCUCUCGCGGUCGCUUUGGCAUUCAUCAUCAAACCUGGAUCUGGCGCUCAGACCCUUCAGUCCAGCGACCUGGGUCUGGAGGAUUCGGGGCCCCCACCGGUCCCCAAAGAGACAGUGGACUCCUUCCUUGACCUGACCAGAAACCUGUUUCCUUCAAAUCUUGUGGUUGCAGCUUUCCGGACGUAUGCAACUGACUACAGAGAGGUGACCCACAACACAAGCGCUGGAAACGUGACCAUUGAAAAAAUCCCCAUUGGCACCGAAAUUGAAGGGAUGAACAUUUUAGGAUUGGUCCUUUUUGCCCUGGUAUUAGGAGUGGCCCUGAAGAAACUCGGCUCUGAAGGAGAAGAGCUCAUUCGUUUUUUCAAUGCCUUCAAUGAGGCGACCAUGGUGCUGGUGUCAUGGAUUAUGUGGUAUGUACCCGUGGGCAUCAUGUUCCUGGUUGGAAGCAAGAUUGUUGAAAUGAAGGACAUCAUCAUGCUGGUGACCAGCCUGGGGAAAUACAUCUUCACGUCUAUAUUGGGCCAUUUUAUUCAUGGAGGAAUUGUUCUGCCACUUAUUUAUUUUGUCUUUACGAGAAAAAACCCAUUUAGGUUCCUCCUGGGCCUCCUCACACCGUUUGCAACAGCAUUUGCCACCUGCUCCAGCUCGGCAACCCUUCCCUCUAUGAUGAAGUGCAUUGAAGAAAACAAUGGUGUAGACAAGAGGAUCAGCCGGUUCAUUCUCCCCAUCGGGGCCACUGUGAACAUGGAUGGCGCAGCCAUCUUCCAGUGUGUGGCUGCAGUGUUCAUUGCCCAGCUCAACAACGUGGAGCUGAGAGCUGGACAGAUUUUCACCAUUCUAGUGACUGCCACGGCAUCCAGUGUUGGAGCAGCAGGUGUGCCCGCUGGAGGGGUCCUCACCAUCGCCAUUAUCCUGGAGGCCAUCGGGCUGCCCACUCAUGACCUCUCCCUGAUCCUGGCUGUGGACUGGAUUGUGGACCGCACCACCACCGUGGUGAACGUGGAGGGCGAUGCCCUGGGUGCGGGCAUCCUCCACCACCUGAAUCAGAAGGCGAUGAAGAGAGGGGAGCAGGAGCUGAGCGAGGUCAAAGUGGAGGCCAUCCCUAACUGCAAGUCGGAGGAAGAGACGUCGCCCCUGGUGACACACCCAAACCCCGCCGGCCCAGCAGCCAGCACCCCAGAGUCUAAGGAGUCGGUUCUGUGA